UUUAUACAUGUAUUUACGAUGAACACAGUAUUCCAUUAUAAUAAUAAGACAACAACAAAUACUACUAAAGAAGAGUAUUAUGAUAAAGAUAUCCUUAUAGAUUAUCAACCAAAUAUAAAAAGAAGAAGACAAAGACUAUCAUCAAACAAUAAAGGAAAACUGUUUAUGACAAAUGAUUCAAUUAUCGAUUAUAAUAAUGUAAUAUACAAGCUUGAAUAUGACAUUGAUACAGGACUUAUUAAACGACCCUCUUGCUAUUAUGAUGAAUCAACAAAUGAGACUCAUUAUCAUAUACCAAUAACGAUGAGCGUUAUUCGGUCUGUUAUUUUGAAGCAACAUUGUAAAAUAAAUAAACAAGAUGAAUUAGAAUGGUUUGAAGAUGGUUUAAAAUGGUUAUCAGAGCAACACAGUAUAAAAGAUGACGACGAAAAUCAAUAUAAAUAUUGUAUUGAAUUUGAUAAUAAUGAGAAGAAGAAGAGUAUAGUAACAAAGGAGGAAUCAUUACAGAACUUUGAACGCGCUUGUGAAGCUUAUUUCGGCAUUCCUUUAAAUUUAUGUGAGGAUCAUUGGGCAGCAAAAUAUCUACUAAGUCAAGCAACUAAAGGAAAAUGGCUACGUCGUAUGAUUUUAGUAAAAGGAUUAUCGUUAAAGAAACUAAAAUUUAGAAUUAUCAAAAAGUGGUUUUGUUUUAGUUGUUAAUAAAUAAAAAAGUACUUUACAUGC